AUGGAGUUGGUUUACGUUUUUCUUCUACAACAGAUGACGCAGAACAUGUUCCAGGAGGGGUUGUACCAGGUGUUUUUUAAGGAGACACCGUCAACUCGCCCACUGAGCCAGGUUACCAAUCAUAGUGAGCUAAUCAAUGGCAGGAUUUAUCGUUGGUUUGGGACUGUGGUUAAUACCAGACUUUUAGUCACUGGGGUGGUGCAGAUCCUCAGUGCCUUAGCUUGCAUACUAGCCACAGUCACCCAUUCAUGUGUGAGCUACAACUGCUCUGUCUCCAUGACAACACCCGUUUGGUCAGGCCUAUUUUAUGUGGCUGCUGGGUGUCUGGCAAUGGAGGUUCAAAGGAAAGCUAAUAAAUUAAAGAUCAUCACUCUGAUGGGUCUGAACCUCUUUAGUCUACUGUUUGGCUUCUCUGCUCUCCUGGCCGACAGCCUCAGGUCUACGCAGCCUGUCGCACUCAACACACACCAACAGCGUGUUGGUUCAUAUGUUGCAAAGGGGAGCUCCAUAGCGUUUACUGUACAGUGUUUUCUGGCAUCAGUCUACAUACUUUUCCUGUCGUUGAGAGGACUGCGUCGCUACAGUCCUCCACAGAUUCAGACCUACAGCCGCCUCUCCCAGGAUCCUGAUGAAACCAACGGGCCUCUACUGGAACAGGUGGAAUUCAGUCUGUGAAACUCAAAGACCUGAAAAGACACACUCCAGCUUGCACAGCGUAAACUCAGUUACUGUUGUUGAUCAGGGUCUGUAUGGUUUGUAUAAACAGUUUGUGCAAUCCUGAUUGAGGAAAUUGCUUUAGAUAUUGUGAAAUCAUAUCAUGCCACGAUGCCUCAGUAUCACUUCUCCUUUGAGAUUCCCAAAAACCUAAAAUUCACCAUAAACAAAGUGCAACAGCAAAGUUAAAACUUACAAAAAAUAAAGAGCAUUUUAAAGUAAUUGUGUAAAUCACACACAACAAUGACAUGCAAUCAAACAAAUAAAUGCAUGUUUUUAACAGCUGAGCAAUCUCAUUAUCUAACAUUGUUAAAAUGCAUUACGGUUUUCCAAUUUUCCCCAUUUUCACAGAUGCUGCUCUGUGGUCAGCACUAGAGGGCAGCAUUGCCAGUGUUCUGUUGUGUUGCACAGUCUCAUCCACAAAUCGGCUCUCUGUUUAGUGUAAGAAUUUUAGUUGCAAAAUAUAAAAAUCAGUAAGAGUUGUCCGCUGACUGCACACCAAAGCGUAUAGGUGCUGGA